UGUCAUGUAAAAAAAAACAUAAACGACAACAUUUUAUAGGUUAUAUACUGUUACAUGGUUAUUUAUUUUAUAUUUUAUUUUCUAAAUGAACAUAAGGAAUUAGGUGUUAAUAUAAAUAUAUAACAAAUUUCUCUACAGUUUUAUACGACCACUAAAUUAACAAAAUGGAUUUCGCCCGUAAAAUGUUAGAGAAGUAUGGUUGGACCGAUGGUAAAGGCCUAGGUAAACAUGAGAAUGGAAUUUCGGAAGCUUUGAAGCCAAAAUUGAAACGUAGCGUAACCGGAGUGGGGCAUGAUGCUGCAUCAGAGUUUAAUGAACAUUGGUGGAGUCAAUUAUAUGAUAAGGCCGCUGGAAAUGUACAGGUUGAAGAAGUGAAUGGUAAAACAAAACGAAUAACUGCCAAGGAUGGUAACGAGUUUGAGAUAACCAACAGUACAUGGCGUCUAAAUAAGAAGAAGAAGGUGGACAAUGAUGGAGAAUAUUCUGAGUAUUUCGUCAGGAAGGCUGUCUUGACCAGCGGAGGGAGUAAGGUGGUGAAUGUCCAGGAGUCCGAUUCUGAUGAAGAAGUGGAGAAGAAAGAUGUAUUUAAAUUGACUGAUGAGGAAUUAUUUGCGGCCUGCGGAGGACGAACAGCUCAUAAAGGGGCGCGUCAUGGUCUUAAAGCUGUUGGAAAAUUAGCAAGAAUAGCACAACAAGAGCAGGCGUUGUUGAAAGAACCACAAUUCGUCGGUUAUUCACACAGAAAACGAAUGGAAGAAAACUUAUCACCACUUGAGCUGUCUGUUGUUGAAAAUACGAAUUUAGAUAGUGACGCUGAUGUAUCUGUGGUAAGAAAGAAAAAGAAGAAGAAGAAACACUGUAACAGUGAAAGUAAUUUAGAAAAAAAAUCUUUGAAGGACAUUUCUGAAAGACCACAUAGCAAUUUGACUAAUGAUGUAGAGGAAAAAAAUACGGAAGAAAUAUUAAAUAGUGUUGAUAAAUAUGUAAAUGGAAGUAUCAGCAAGAAAUCUAAGAGAAAAAAAGAAAAAAUAAAUACAGAAAAUAGUGAAUUAUGUGAAAAUAUUAAUGUAAUUGCUAAAUCUAAGAAAUUAAAGAAGAAUAGUGACAUAGAGGAGAUUGUUGCUAUGGAUACAGAGUGUGAUAUAAAGGAACAGCAAAUGGAUACUUUAGAAAAUUGUAUGAAGAAGAAGAAAAAGAAAAAACAGAAAACUAUUAUUUCGUCAUAAUUAAAUGUUUUGU